UUUUCUAUUUUCUCAGCUGUAGAAACUGAAUGAAUGAAUGAAUUCUUUCACACAAAUCGCAAAUUAAUGUUCUGCUAAAAUGGCGAAUGUAAUCAAAAAGACUACUCGGCUUACUGGACUAAAAGUUUUGAAGAAUCCAAGAGAGGAACUAAUUUCAUGUUAUAAAAAUAUCAUCAAAGCUUUGAAUGAAAUGCCCGAUAAUGCUGCUUAUAAACGAUAUACAAUGGCCACCGUUAAUCAACGAUUAACGAUUGUUCAGAACGAAAAUGACCCAUCACAUAUUGAACAGAAAAUUAAAUGUGGCCAAUGUGAAGAAUUAUUAAUUCAGGCACAAAAUGAAUUAUCAUUAGCACGAAGAUUUUUAGUGGAAAAACCAUGGGAGCCAUUGGCACGACAAUCACCAGAUAAUCAAUGGAAAUGGCCCAUAUAAUCAUUUGGCAAUUUAAUAAUUUGAUCACUUUAAUUCAAUUUUAAAAAAUAAAAAUUAGCCUUUAAUAACAGCAA